AUGUAUAGUAGAUACGGCCCUUCUUUGAAUGCCUCCCACUCGAUAAUAGGCCCCGAUUUUCUCGGCUUCAAUUUCGGUCUCAGCAUUAGAACCGAGACCAUCGACACGAACAACGCCACGAAGGCAGCGCAUCGGACUGCCCACGGGAACCCAAUUCGCGGGAUAAGGUACUGGAUCGUUGCGGGAAAGAUGACACUCCCCAAGCCGGUCCCAGUCGCCGAGAUGGCGAGCGCCGAGGAUCGUUUUGUCACAAAGUACGAAUUGAUGACGGACAGCGGAGGCAUGAAGAUGAUGCCCAGGCCCAACCCAGUACACAAUCCCUGGGCGAGGAAAAUUUGCCAGUACUCCUUGCAAAGACUCGUCAUGAAGGUCCCAAACACAACCAUCAACGAACCGACAAUGAUAGUUGACUUUACAUAUCCGGCGUCUGCUAGUCUCCCAGAGAAGGUGCACAUAGCGAAGGCGAGGAAGACUUACCAAGCAACGAGUCCUCCGUCAGGAGGUUGGAACUCUUCUUCGGCGAAAGGAACGGCGUCUUCGCCCCCUGAUACCGAGAUAUCAUCAAGCUGCGAGCGCAUUGUGCUUGUGGGAGCAGCUUUCUCGACGUCGGAUCCGGAAGUCAUGUUGAAAAGUGUCUUGUCGGCUCCCAACACCGAAGCUUUGCGAAGUGGUAUCAGCGUGGACGCAGAGAGAGGUUGUCCAUGUUCAUCCGGAAGGGCCGAGAAAAGAGCAUGCAGCGACGGGAGUCUCCUGUUCAAGUCCCGGGAAAUCUCCACCGAGAAAGGCUACAUCCGGCCUUAUUUCCGCCGACAUCGCCCUCACUUGGAUGUCAUCUCCCACGCCUUUUUGGUGGGCCCGACCCGUGCCGACCAACCUCCCGACAGCAAAUCGCGGACCGACGCCUUGUUCCCCGCAGCCCGGUUGCAUGACAGCCAAAACCGCACAAGGAAGAUGCGAGCCCAUCGUAGCCCGCCCCUUCGACAAGGUGGUUUGCGCAGCGUCCGUGGGUUCUGGGGGCCAUAUCCGAAAAGAAUCCCGGGAGGAUCCAGCAACCCAACAGGCCUGCCCGGCCGCACCAGCGAUGACGGCGGCCGAGUUGAGUCAGGGUUUGGCUGA